GUGGCAAUUGCCCCUUUUUGUACCUAUGUGGCUCCGCCACUGUUCACCACCAGAGAGGAGAAAGAGAAGAAAGACAAUGAAAGGUCACUCGCGAUUCUAUGCCAUGGUCAUCUCUCUCUCUCUCUCUCUCUCUAUAUAUAUAUAUAUAUAUAUAUAAAACACGCGCGCGAUUUCUCUUUGAAAGCAAAAUUCUGGAGUUUAAAUUCUCCAUGAUCUCUGUCUAUUGAUUAUCAAAUGCCGUACGGGAUCAAAACUCUCCAUAAACACGACAGUAACUUCCAAUUAGGGUUUACACUUAUGAGGGUUUAGUUUUAGUGUUUGAUUUCCAAGAGAGUUAGAGAGAUUAAUAAAUAAAUAAUGUAAUCGAAUCAAUUACAAAAUGGAAUGGAGACUGCGAGGCUAUUGUGGUCUCGGAUUCCAAACUCAGAGGACGGCGAGCUUGAUGAUGUUAGCCUGUUCAGCAGCAGCAAUGGAAACAGUGUUGUGUCUUGACUAUGAAGUUAUUGAGAAUGAAGCUUACAGAGAAAAGCAGAUAUUGAAUAUACAUGAAGUCAAAGGAGAAGAAGAAAUCCACAUUUAUAUGGAUCCUGUUGAUCUUGAUCCUAAUGGUGCUCCACUACAAAUAAAAAUGUGUAAGUACUGUUAUACAGAAAAACCAAAUGCAAGAAUAAAAUAUUUUCUAGACAAAGAUGGUAAUAAAGUUAUAUUGAUUAUUGGGGAAGAAGGAUUGGAUUUAGCUAAAUAUAGUGGUGAGGGUGCAACUACGACUGUGGGUAUUGGUAGGGAUGACAAAAGUUAUGGCAUAGAUUUUAAUGUUGGUGCUUGUAGUUGUAGUGAAGGUGUGGAUGCUAGUGUGGGUAGUUCAAAUUAUAAUAUGGAAAGUGAAGAGGGUGGUACUGAAUGUAAAAAAAAUUACGAGGAUGAUAAUUCUAGUGAAGAUGAUGAGGAUUAUAUUUCUUCUUCUAAUUCAGAAGAAGGAUUUGAGUUCUCGAAUACAAAUAAAGAUGAAUGGAUUGAUAGUUUACAAGGAGAUUCUUGUUUUGGUCAAAUAUCGAAUGGUGUAACAGACAGAGAAAAUUAAUGGAAGUCAAGUAGUGAUAAAGAUGACCUUGAUGUUGAAGUUGAAGGUAAUGAAACUUUUUAUAGUAGUAAUGAAGGUGAUGAGGAUUAAAGUGACAUGAAUGGAAAGAAACAGAAAAGUAAGAUUGUUGAUCCUAGUGGGCUUUAAGUGCAAGACAUUUAAGGUGUCUACUAGUGCUGAGCCUUUUCAACUGUCAUGUCUACUAAUGCUCAUUUCCAUUACGUAUGCAGGACUUGAUAUUCAUGGUGUUCUACUCUUCAGAACUUUGAUUGGAAAGGUGCGAUAAUGCUUCUGGGAAGAAAUUUUUUUCUUCCUGAGGUUUUCGCUCUGCCUUGAUUUUGAGGGGUACUCUUUUAAUUUGUAGAUAUUUGGAAGCAUUGAUUCUGUGGGAGGUGGCCUUGCUUUAGGUAAAGGAGGCCCUCUUGGCUCCACAAAAUAUCAUCUAAGUUUGAGGUGGCUUCAAGUUUUCAAGAGUGACCGCGAUCUUCGUGAUCUUGUGCGUAACAUGUUUAUUCUAAUUCUUGUAGACAAAAGCUAAGCCUUUUUAUUCUAGGAAAUUGUGCCUUUCAUACCUGUUUGCUUGCUAGACACGAGUGCUUGUCCUCUGAUAUUGUGUUUUUUUCCUUUUCUUUUUCUCAUGUAUUUAUCUUUUCGAACAUUGAAGAAGAAUGAUCUAUGAAUGAUGUGUCAUUUUUUAUGCAA